AUGGCUUCAUAUCUUCCCGCACAAUUAAACAUUGAUAUCUUAAUCAAAAAGGCGCGAAAUAAUAAUAUGACUGAUAUAGAUCAAGAAAUUUCUGUGCCAAAGCCUGAGCCUCUCCUAACUGAAAACCCUCAGCGUUUCGUGAUGUUCCCUAUCCACUACCACGACAUCUGGACAAUGUACAAAAAGCAUGUCGCUAGCUUUUGGACAGCAGAGGAGCUCGACAUAUCCCAAGACCUCAGAGACUGGGAAAGGCUAAAUGACAACGAAAGACACUUCAUAAAGUACGUCCUGGCCUUCUUCGCAGCCUCUGACGGCAUUGUCCUUGAAAACCUCGCUAACAGAUUUUUCAAUGAUAUCCAAAUCCCAGAAGCCCGUGCCUUUUAUGGAUUCCAAAUGGCAAUGGAAAACAUCCACAGCGAGACCUACUCCAUGCUGAUUGACGCUUACAUCACAGAUCAAACUGAAAAGAACAUCCUCUUCAACGCAAUUGAAAACUACCCUUCAAUUAAAAGAAAAGCUGACUGGGCUUUGAAAUGGGCCUCAAGUGACGCUCCGUUUGCCCAGAGACUUUUAGCUUUUGCAGCAGUUGAAGGGAUCUUUUUCUCAGGAAGCUUCUGUGCUAUCUUUUGGCUAAAGAAAAGAUCAUUGAUGCCAGGACUUACAUUUUCUAAAUUCCUCCCUUUAAAUUGAAAUAAAUAUCACUGAAUUUUCAUUUUUUUAGUAAUUCCUCUUUAAAUUAUGCAAAAUUUUAUGUAGAUUGCUAUGGCUAAUUUCAUAGAAAAAAGUGCUGGUAGAAUAUUUAUUAAACAGAUUUCACAUUGAAUCAAUUAAUUUUUUGAAUUAAUUCUCCAUUAAAAUAAACUAAAUUAAAAAUUAUGGGUCCAAUUAAUAUUUUUAAUUUUAAAAUUUUUAAUAUAAUUUUUUUAAAAAUAAUUAACUCCCCUUUAAAUUGGAACACGAUUUUUGUUCAAAUUUAAAGGAGGAGAGUAAUGAGCUAAUAAGCAGAGAUGAAGGACUUCAUACAGAUUUUGGCUGUUUGCUAUAUACUUAUAUAGCUAACAAGCUUUCACAGGAGACUGUGCAUGAUAUCAUUCGUGAAGCCAUUGACAUCGAAAAAGGGUUCAUCAUUGAUGCCCUACCAGUGGAACUGAUUGGGAUGAACUCAAGACUUAUGAGCCAAUACCUUGAGUUUGUAGCAGACAGGCUAUUAGUCAGCUUAGGAUACGAAAAGCUAUAUAGAGCCGCCAAUCCAUUUGAGUGGAUGGAGAUGAUUUCCAUGCAAGGAAAAACCAACUUCUUUGAGAAGAGAGUCAGUGACUACCAAAAGACAGGAGUUAUGGCUGAUAAAAGCGAAAAAGAGUUUAGACUGGACGUAGAGUUUUAA